AUGUCAACCCCACCCCCAAACCCAACACCCCCACCAAACCCCUGGUCCAGCCAACGCCUGCACUACCGCGCAAUCCGCCCCAUCGACAUAAAUGUCUUCCACGCCUUCAGCGCCGACCACACCGGCUACGCAAACAGCAACUUCGACAACAUCAAGCUGCCCGGCCCCUCCGACACUGAAAAAUUCAUGAAAGGCGUCCAAAACGACUGCCUUUUGGGCGCCAUCAUCUGGCUACCCCACGCCCCAGAAACGACUGCUCUAAGUGACGAAGACCGUGAAAAGGCGUUCGCGACAAGGAGGAAGCAGGGGGAGAUCGUGGAUGAAGAAUUUGUUGCCGCCCCAUAA